CUCGUUGAUUGCAUACAAAUUCUCCAAACCGGUCUACAUUUAACCAAAGGAUCGGCAUCAUGGCAUCGCGAGGGGGUAGCAGAGGCCGCGGAUUUGGCACCGGCGCCAAUCGUGGUGGUUUUUCUGCUCGUGGUGGACGAGGAGGAAUGCAACAAUCUUUUGGGCCCCCGACAACCGUUUUAGAAAUGGGCUCAUUUAUGCACGCGUGCGAAGGAGAGAUGGUUUGUGAAUCAAUCAACCCCAAAAUCCCGUACUUCAACGCGCCGAUAUAUCUCGAGAAUAAGACGCCAGUCGGAAAAGUAGAUGAGGUUUUGGGACCAAUCAACCAAGUGUACUUUACGAUAAAGCCGCAGGAGGGUAUCGUCGCGACAUCUUUCAAACCGGGUGACAAAUUCUACAUUGGAGGCGACAAGCUGUUACCUCUGGAGAAAUUCCUACCAAAACCCAAGCCACCACCAGGGGUUUCAAAACCAAAGAAAGCCGCUGGAACCGGUAGAGGUGGUGUCCGUGGAGGAAGAGGUGGCGCCCGCGGUGGAAGAGGAGCUCCUAGAGGGAGAGGAGGCUUUGGAGGCAGAGGUGGAGGUGGAGCUCGAGGUGGAAGAGGCGGUGGAUUCUCUUCACGCGGUGGUCCAAGAGGAGGUUCUCGAGGCGGGUUCCGGGGUCGCGGUUAAUUCUGCCUUUCCUAUUUGGCGUUCAGGAGCAUGUGUGGCUGGGAGUUUUCGUUUGGAUACGGCUGUCCACAAACUUGAUCUGAUUGUUGUAUUUCAGCAGGAUCGUGUAAAAAUAGACGAAAAUUUUGCCGUUGAGUUUUGUAGUGAAUCAACAAAAUU